AUGUUGCCAAAUGAGGGCUUCCAGAAAUUGCUUUAUGAUUUGUUCUGUGUCUGGCAUGAUGUGAGAAGACAUUAUGAUCCACCGAUCACGGAUACUGAAGAAGAGAAAAUGGCAAAGGUGAAAAGUAUGAUUUGUCGUCUUCUUUCGGAGAUCGAUGGACGAGUGAAUCGAAUCAAAGCAAAUCAAGGAAAUGAGCCAAGAGAACAAAAUAGUCUACAAGUCACUGUACGAUCGGCUGAAGAUCGGGCACUUUUCGAUCGUCUAAAUCAAGCGCUCGUCGAACUCGUCAAUUACGCCAGAGAUUACCUCCCAGCAAUGGGCGAUUUCAGUGAUCCAUCGUAUAAAUACCUCAAAGAGACAAUGGACAACACAAUGGUUUAUUUACAUAAAUUGUACAGAACGAUGAACACCGUGGUUUUUAACACAAACGAAGAUAUAGAAACAUUCCGACAACAUCUCACAAAUUUUGGUGAAGAGACACUCAUUCCAUGCAUUGAAAUGUUCAAGCAAUACUGUAACUCGAAUUGUGAACGUUUAUGGAGAGAAGUUCGAGCAGCACAAGUUCUCCGAAUGAGAGAUCAAACAGCUUUACCCGAUCAACCAAUCACAACACUCGUCGCUUUUUAUUCAAAUAUGAUGUUCACAUUGGCUGUGUUAGCAGCUCGUUUACAAGGUUUUCGUUACGAUUUGACGAUAAACAAAAAAAUGUUUGGUCAUUUUGAUCCAGUGGUUCAUCUCUCCGAAGCUGUCUUUUCGGCUCUCGAGUUACUGAUGAGCGAUUGUGUUUUGGCAACAGAACCAUCAACAAAUGCUAUUCUCGUCACAAAUAACUUGUUUAGUAUGAACUGCGGUGCACUUGCUCGUGGUGUCGUUUUCAAGGAUUUUGAGAUACAAGUUGUAUCGGAAGAAACAGCAGAACAUAUACAGAAUGAAAUGAGAAAGGCUCGUUUACUGCAAGGAGCCACAUCAAUCGGCACUCCACCGUCAGCCGCUCUUCUCGCAAUGAAACCAACUUCUGGCACAAAGAGACCACAGCCGACUUCUACAGCACCUGAUCAACCAAACAACACAGCGCAUAAAAAGAGUGAUGUGAAUAGUAAAGAAUCGGUGAACAUCUAUCCAAUCUAUAAUGCAAAGAAUCGAUACUGGGCAGCCACAUAUCCUCAUUUAUUAUGCACGACAAGGCAAAAAGGGAGAACAUCAACGCAUAACUCUUAUCAAGAUCUCUCACCGGGUGGUGUCUAUGAGAAAACGUCAACCGGAAAGCGUCCUCUCUUCUAUUUUCAUAUCAAAGCCACUCUAUUUUCUCCAUCAGGCCGUUUCUCUUCAGCUCACACUUUAUCACUUCCAUUCACCAUUGCGACAAGAAGAAAUCAGGAUUGUCAAGUUCAACGAAUGAUGUCUUCAUAUACAGCAACAAUAUUCUGGUUGUAUGGAUGUCAUUUACAAGAUGGACUUCUUUUGCAAUGGUCUGAUCAAGGAAUGCAAUGGGAACAAUUUAAACAACUCUACAAGCAGCAUUUUAAAACAAAUGCUGAAGUGACAAGGGGAUUAGUUGAUUCGGAUUUCGAGUUGUUGCAGUACAAGUUGCAAUGUCAAGAUUGCAAGAGUGGCGACUCGGGAGCGAGGAUUAACGGGGCACAACAAAUCGUGACUUUCAAGAAUAUUCUUUGUCCUCAUCUUCGAUAUGAAUGUGGAUCGGUGAAUGUUCGCUUCUCGGUUUGGAGGGGAAUGCUCGAGUUAUUGCAAAUAUUUCACGAUCAACGGAAUAACGUUCGAAAGUUAUGGGAAAAGGGAUUACUACUUGGAUUCUUUGAAUUUGACCAGGUUGAUAAAUUACUGGAGAAGCGUCAAUCCACUCUCAUCAUGCGUCUUUCCUUUGUGACUGGAGGCACAAUCUGUUUCACGUUGAAGUCGAAUGCUCACGCAGUUGGCGCUGGGGACACAAAACCGAUCCAUUUGGAGCCAUUGGAUUUGAAAAAAUUACAAGCAAAAUGUUUAAGAGAUUAUCUAAGAGAUAUUGCUGAUGCGGAAAAGGUGAAAUACAUUUUGAAUUCACAAUUGGAGUUGGUUCGAAUCUGGGAAGUGUUACAAGAGAUGAAAGAUGGCGUGAAUGAGCCGGGAGCACAAGAAGGACAAGACUCGAGACAUAUUUCAUCGAAUGUCACUCAUUCGGGAGAUCUUGACGCUAUGCAACAUAUUAGAUUUACGGCAAUGCGAAUCGCUGUCGUAACAUGCAAAGUCAAGCCUCCAUCUGCCGAUUUUCCGCAAGAGGUUGAAGCAGCAGCUUUCGGGGGUCGUUUAUCGGCGCUUCUCUCUCCACACGAUGAUUUCGUCCGAGAGCUCGUUCAAUUGUGCAAUUUUCAUGGAAAGGGGAAACAAGAAGCAAUGGAUAUUCUCGAUUCAGUGGCUGAUAAUUAUUUCAUUCGACAAAGCACAGUCUCUUCAUCAAAUGCUUCCACUCCAUUCUCGAUGAGACCAUAUGACGAUCUUCGCGGUUCAACGCCAAAAAUCGAAUCACCAAUCUCAACCGUAAUGAUGUCAGCUCCGAUUUCUUCAUCGACAUCAAAUCCUAUUGAGGAAAUGGACACAAAUGGAUAUCGAUUUGAUUACAAUGCUUAU